AUGGGCAGAACUAGUCUGGCUUGCUCCAGCUGUCUGCAGAUGAGCUGGAUGGGAGUGCAGGAGAGGGCAAGAGGUUUUGGUCCCUUCAGACAAUACCUGGUUAAUUCCAGCUGGGAAGCAGUGAAGGAGCUGUCCAAGAGAGGCCUUGGUGAAAACAUCGAUCUCAGGAUCAUGCAGCUGCCAGUGGUUUACCAAAAAGCAAAGGAGCAAGUCUGCAAGAUAUGGACAACUCUUCAGCCACUGCUUACAGUUCACGUUGGGCUGGCUUCGUCCACCACAGCAUUCAUCAUCCUGGAGCAGUGUGGGAAGAACAAAGGCUACCAGGAAAGGGAUGCUUGUGGUUUUCACCCAGAAGGUGCCUGCUGCGUGCUAGAUGGCCCAGAAAAGAUUGAAUCUACAAUUAAUAUGAAGACUCUCUGGAAAAAGGUCUCAGUGGAAGGGAUUGAUAUCAUCCUUUCCAGAGACGCAGGAAGGUACAUCUGUGAUUACACCUACUACACUUCUCUGUAUUAUGGCAAGGGAAGAGCUGCUUUCAUCCACGUCCCUCCAUUAUCUGAGUCGGUAACAGCAGAAUUUCUAGGAAAAGCAUUACAGACCAUUAUCUUAGCAAUGUUAGAACAGUGUGGGGAACAAAGAGAGAUGGAUCACAGAGGGAAAAAAUUAUGAUUUCUUAGAAUGCAAUUCCUUACCUCUGAAAUUAAGCAGAUCUAAAGAUUAUUUAAAACCCACACACAAAGGAUUUUAUAGCCCACGUUAUUUUCAGUGAAAUUUCCUUGCAAAACCCAACCAUUUGUGUAUCUUAGAAAAGGCUUGAGGGGAACAAACCCAAAAGAUUGGUGGUUCAUAUUGCUAACAAUAAAGUUUUUCAGAUUUCAGAAAAUGUGAAACUGGAUUGAAAACAUUUCAGAUGCUUAAUCCUGGUUCUGUUGGUUAGAAGGACAUCAAUAAAGACUUGCUGACCCCAGAUGGAUGCUCACAGCUGUAGGGACUCAGCACAGGAUGGAUGCAACA